AUGUCACCCAUUAGUAUCGAUUCAGGAUUUGGAUCUAGCACUUCUUUUCCUUCGUCACCUGAAGUCUCCAUUGAUAGUUUAAGCUCAUUGUAUCCAUCAGAUUCGACAAUAUACCUUAAAAAAUUCCAAAGGAGAAAUACAAAUUUUGUUAAUAAUUCUUCUCUUCCUUGCAUAUUUCCUCCCAUUCCUUCUCUUUUAACGUCUCAACAAUUUUCAAAUAAAAUAAAUUUAAAAUCGACUACUCCUGAUUUAUCAUCUUUCGGUGAACAAUUAUCAAUUGAAUGCAUAGGGGAACGUCCUUUUAAAGAAGUAUUAUCAACAUCACCAGACAACGACAUUAUAAUAGAUGGCGUUUUGGAGCCUGUCGCUGAGUGUUCGUCAACACCAUCAUCAUCAUCAACCGCAUAUUCUUCAGCUGCUCUCUGUUCGAGGUCAUAUUGCAGAUGGGACAAAUGUAAUGAAUAUUUUUCAUGCGACAAUGACCUUUACGAUCAUGUAAAAAAGUAUCAUUUAGAGGUUUUAAAACCUCAAGGAAGAGAUAAUAUUGCAAAUCGUUUGCGUAGUCCAAUCAAAUUGCGUGCAAAAAAUUUCCAAUGUCUUUGGAGUAAUUGUGCUAUGAAAUUGAGUCGUGGUGAUUUUCAAAAACAGUACACAUGGCUCGAGGAUCAUUUUGCGACUCGACAUGCAGGAAAAGCACAACCUUAUCCUUGUCUCAUGGAUGGAUGUUCAAUGAGGUUUGCAUCAAAACGUGUACUUGAGGAUCAUCUUCGAAUUGGACAUCGGAAAAUUAAGGAUUAUAAAAAUGAUUUUCUGGACCGAUCAACGGAUGAAUGGAUUCUAAUGCGUUUAAGACAUUAUGAAGCAACCAAAAAUGCAUGUUUCGUUCCCAAACCUCCGAAGGUACCCCGCGGUGGUGCUAAAUAUCGUAAGCAGUGGAGGAUGUUAACAUAUACUAUUUGCUCAGUUCCACCUAAGUAA